GUCAUUUUUGUCGCUGCUCUGGGACUUCGGACUUUUUAUAGAGAUCAAGGAUCAAUUUUGAUGACACUCACUUCUCAUUUUAUGCCGGUAGAUAAUUCAAUAGGUAGUAGUCCCCUACAAUGGUGGAUUUGAUUUCAUAGAUGAAGCCCUAACUAAGUGUUUCUUCACCGUGCAAAGUUGAGAACGCACUAUUGCUCUCAGCAGAGAGGGACUGGCUGGAAAUGACAGGUGACUGGUGGUUGUAAACCAUUGUCUAACAUGAUCAUGAGGUGGCUACUGAGAACUGUUGUUGGGUGCUGGGUCUCUGGAGCAAGACACGUCAGUAGUGCCAUCUGUUGGGGUUGGCAGUCGUCUCUAACCAUGGCAGCAUCUCCUCCCUCAACCCCAAAGUCUUCAACCUUUUCUUCUACAUCCUUCCCAUCGAGUAGUUGUCUCACCGACUGUCUCGGAUGUCGAUCGCACCUCACUCACCUAGCCUGCAUAGAGACUCGUAUGUGUAACAGGCUCUCGACGCUACUCACCGUCGUGGUCUGCGGUGCCGUUUUAUUCUGGAUCUUCCAAGAACAGUUGGUACUCCUUCUGCCAUGGCUCGUCAGCACCGACCCUUACAUCGGAUUUAUUGUCUUCUUCAUUCUCUUUGUUAUCAUCUCUCUUCCGUUCUCGAUCCCGGGAUAUUUAGUUUUAAACGUAGCCGCGGGUUACCGUUAUGGAAUAGCGUUAGGUACCAUGACUGUGAUAUUCUGCGCACUGGGAGGUGCGUACUGUGCCUUUGUAUUCUGUAGAUUGCCAUGUACAGCGUUUCUACUGGCCAAGCUACAGAAUGAUUAUCUGCAGGCUAUUGUGAACUUGGUUGAAGGUGAACAUUCUUUUAAAGUCAUAGCGCUGACGAGAUUGACUCCAAUUCCUUUUGGUCUGCAGAAUGGUUUAUUUGCAAUGACGAAUGUUUCUGUCUGUACCUUUGUAUCGGCGACAGCAGUUGGAUUAUUUCCGAAUCAACUUCUUAGCUCCUACUUGGGCUCCACGUUGCGCUCUGUGAAGGAUUUAACCCACCAUCAAUGGAAUAGUCCAGUUGUUAUCAUUCAGGUGUGCCUUACCAUUACACUGUCCUGUUAUGUAAUAGCCAAAGCACAGAGACAUCUACUUAUCAAAAUCCACGAUCAUAAAGUCAACAAGCUAGAAGAGAACACUACGAUUCAGGUCAUCCCAACUGCACUUCCAAGAGUGAACCCUGGGUCAAAGGUGAAAGGUCAGGGUUAUGGUAAGGUCAGUAGCGUCGUCAACUGGGAAGAUAAACUUUCAGUUAUGAUUGAGACUGAAAUGGUUAAAGGGAAAGAAUUAACAAAUGAAAACGACAAUAAUCAAAAUGCUUUUGAGAAGUGGGUCACGUGAUGUUAUGGAUUGGUUGGUUUAUCAGUCGAGCAUAAAGCGUUUUUUGUUUGUGCUCUUCAAAAUAGUUCAUGAUUGGGUUGUUUAAAGAAUAAUUUCAAACCCUAAAAACUGAUGUAUUUUGGGGACAAUAUUUCAUCAAAUUUGAUAAAAUCUUAAGUUUGUGGAGCAAUGAAAGGAGCUUCUUUCUUCUAAUUCAAAUUGCUUGGUCAAACAUGAUCAUGAAUAAAACACAGAUUUCUCCCAGAAAUUAUUUUUUUUAAAACGGGCGUUAAAGUCCCAAAAUGGACCUAAGUUUGUAUUUUGUAUUUAUGACAAUCAAAAGUAUUUAUGAAUUAAACUGCAAUUGAAUUAAGAUUUAUAUUUAAGAAUACAGACAAAGUGCUAUGUACAUUGUUAGGCCAGCAAGUUCAAGACCCAGUUUCAUAAAGCUGCGAAGCAAUUGGUUUUUGCUAAGCAACAAAAUGAGUGGGCCACCAGUUGUAAAUGUAAAGUGUAUGGAAUUUUGGCUGGUAACCAGUUUUUGUUAAGCAGUUUUGUCUGUGCUUAGCAAGUUACUUUGCUUACAGGCUUUAUGAAAAUAGUCCCAGACAAUUGGGGUAGCAGUAGUUGCACUAAACAGCCUUCCAUCAAAAACAAUGCCAGUGACAAGAAUUAUUACAUUUUUAUGUUAUUCAUUGUAUGAAAUGAAUGCAUGGUUAUUUUCAUACUAGAAAUAUAUCCUGGAGCGGCCAACUUGAUUUUUCUCAAAUCCAAAUCAUUGUAACCAAACCGAGGCUGGAAGAAGGAAAAUUUAGUCUGGUGCCAUUUUUUAUUUAUGGAUAUUAGCAUUCAAUAUUUUUAUUGGAUUCACGGAACUUGACUAAGAUGGUGACAGCAUGGAUUUAUAAAAUGCAGGAUUUAUUUUCUGGAUAAAGCUUUCAAUUUGUAAAUCAAUCCGGAUUUAAUUAGUGAUUCUCAUUAUUUUAAUCUUUUGUCAUCAGAUGACUAGUGUUCGGAAUCCUGUCAUUAUGAUUUCUGGCAUAACUGUUUUUAUUAUCAUAUUAUUGGUUUAUUUAAAAUGGAAACAUGGCGUCCACAACCAACACUUUGGCUGUGAAUAACCAAUAUUUUAUAUUGAAAAACAUAUCUUUACACAACCUUUUUUUCCUUGAAACCAUUUCCAUCAAAGAUUUAAAGUUUUUUAAAUACAGCUAAAUUUUUAUUGAUAUUUUAUUUAAUAUUUUUUGUAAAAAAGCUUCAUGUUUUCCCACUUUCUUGCUGCAUUGUGUAAAGAAAAGAAUUUGUUUUAAUCCUGAAACACGUUUGUUGGGGUGUUUGUUUGUUUGUUUGUUUGUUUGUUUGUUUGUUUGUUUGUUUGUUUGUUUGUUUGUUUUUUAUAAUUGAUGACAUUCACACAUCAAGCCAAAAGGAAAUUAAGCUAAUGUAAAUAUUUUAAACAAUUGUUACUCGAAAAACGUGGUUGAGUGGGUCAAAAGAAAUAACUGAAAAUCGAAAUUCAGAUGUUAUUUAUAUUUAAACAAAAUAUAUACAUUUAUUUACUAACAAAAGAAGAAAAAUACCCAGCUGGCCAAGAUAAUAAAUUUCAUUCCUUAUUCAAAUACAAAGUAGUUUGUUUAAGCAAGGAAAAGCCAUUUAAAAUAACUGAUGUUUGAGACCUCUGAUCUAAAAUAUUUGGUUUAGUCAGGGCAUUUCUUUGUUUAACAGUCUGUUAAUUAAAUUUAGGGAGGGUUGUU